AUGCCGAUUUCACAAGAGAAGAUACAGGAGCAUGCAGCGCUCCUCAACGGGCUUAAUGCUCUCGACUAUGUACCUGCUGCAGCGGAAGAUAACGCCGCUCGGCAACAGGAGGUACAGUCUCUGGAGAAGAAGACGAAAUCCGAGUAUAAGGAUCUUAGCAGAGCCAAGUCGACCACUCGCCAAUGGCUCCUUCGUAUUCGUCAAGGAGAGGACGCAGUUGCUCAAAAACUUGAAAAGGAACAGAAGGAGUAUUUGGAUGCAUUUCGAGCCGAGCGGGAUGCCCGCGAUGAGCUGGCUAUGCUGAUGGGAGAGAAAUCAGAACGGGAACGCGCACGCGUUGAACUUGCCAAGAAGGGAGAACAGAUCGAUGAAUUAAAAAGAAAAAUCGAGUCACUUUACGAAGGACUUUUCUCGGGACCUACACCAGACUAUCCUGAAGAGGAAAGUGCAGAACGCCAUUUCAAGGCCGUUGAAACAGAAUACCACCGCACGCAGACGUAUCUGAACCAACACACUACUGCGAUUAGCUUGCUUAUCAAAGCGGAGAAGACAAUUUCCACUUGUACAAAGAAGCUCAACGAGGCACGUAUCGCGACGGCAAAACUAACACAGGAAGAUACACUCGCAAACAUGAGCGAGCAACUCGUACAAUGCUCGUCCCUAUUAUCCAGCAGACUCACAGCCUCGAUAGCUCAAAACCUCAUUCGUCAAGCUGAUGAGGCUUGUGGCGGUAACGCUGGCGCGGCAGUUGGUACUUUGGACAUGGUACCCAGCAUCCCAAGGACUACAGAAUGGGACGGUGAAGAAUUUGUGACUUCUCUUGAUGGACGAUUUCCUGCAAAAUUGGAUGAGUGUAUUCGAAAACUAGCAGAAGCACGUACUCGGCUGCAAGGUGAAAUCGACAAAAGCUCUGCGCGCAUCGAUGGGUCCCAAGCUUCGGUUCGGCAGCUUUCGACCAAGUUACAGACGUCUCGCAAAGAGCUUGCGGACAUUCGUUGCCGCAUCAUGACGAGCCUCACAAAUCCUGCUGCUCUUGAAGCCCACCCACAUUCUAGUGCCAAAAAUGCACAUGAAGUUGGCGAUUCAGACCUCCCUGUGUAUUUUGACUCGGUGAACACCAUUUCUGGAAGGCCUGCGACAGACCCUAGUGGGAACGUUUCUGUUGGUGUACCAUCUUACGAGGAGUCCCAGGCACAGAACCAGCCCGUUGGGGGGUUUAGGGUUACACUACCGAGGGGGAAUGUUGACCAUGGCCCGACACCUGUAUAUGCACCUUCAGGGUCAGCUCCUGGACCUGGAGGUAUUGGCGGAUUUCGAGUCAUGGCUGAACCUGGCUGGUCUCCCGCUCUGUCCCCGAGGUUGCACAUCCCUGAAGCGCAUGGGUCACCUAUGCCUUCACCCCUACCUUCGCCAUUAUCGCCCAAAUCACCAGUUGUGUGCCUUCCGCCCUCAACAUCAUCUCAAGCCGGACCAAGUGGGCCGCGUCCGAUAUCAUGGUCAUUGAACCCGUACGCAUCUGCUAUGAUUCGCCGAGCGAGCUUAGAUAACGAAGGUCUCUUACCUCCGGGUGGGUGGAUGAGCAAUACAAACCCGUUUAAGGAUCCUGGAGAGUCUCUCAAUAACGGACACUAG